AUGACGAUGAUCUCUGAUCUUUCAGAAAAUUUGGUACAGGAGAUACUCUCUAGGGUUCCCAUGACUUGUCUGAUAGCAGUAAGAUGUACUUGCAAACGGUGGAACGCUUUAUCGAGUGGUUUAUCCAAAUAUGGGAUUUUAUGUAAAGCAGAAGCAAGGCAGCAGUUUCUAGGGUUCAUGAUAAACAACUAUAAGAUGUGUUCGAUGAGAUUCGAUCUCCAUGGAAUCCUCAAUGAAGAAGGAGAAGAAUUCGUGGAUCCAUCUAUAAAGGAGAUAGAAUAUAGUUUCCUUGAGAAAGUGAACAUAUAUGAAAUCUUUCAUUGCGACGGUUUGUUAAUGUUAAGCCUCACCAGGAAGGAGGGCAAGAGUAGGAGGCUCGUGGUUUGGAACCCAUAUUUGGGACAAACCAAAUUGAUCAAACCAAGAACUUCUUACCACAGUCAAGACAGGUAUGCUCUCGGAUACGACAACAAGAGCCGUAACCACAAAAUCUUGAGGUUUUUGGAAUACCUCCGUUACGGUACUAAGCACGUUUUUGAAUUCGAGAUCUACGACUUUAGCUCAGAUUCAUGGAGGGUUCUUGGUAUCAAUCCGUGCUGGGAUAUAGAGUCUCACCAACGCGGCCAAACUUUGAAGGGAAAUACAUACUUUAUUGCAAACGAAAAUAUAGGACCACCAGAAGAAUUACUAGGAGGAGGACCGGAAGAGAUAGACGAGACUCCUGAUUUCUUGAUCUGUUUUGAUUUUACGAGUGAGAGUUUUGGAAAGUUUCUUCCUCUGACGUUUCAUCACUAUGUUGAUGAUACUAGGACGCUGUCUUCUCUUACAGACGAGAAACUCGCGGCCUUGUAUAAGGGCUUGGAUAAACCUGAGGUGGAGGUUUGGGUUACAAGUAGGAUUGAGCCCGAUGCAGUGUCGUGGAUCCCCUUUUUAAAAGUUAAUUUGGAUCAUUUCAACUUUUACGGUGGCAGUUUCUUCAUUGACGAGGAGAAGAAACUCGCCGUGGUUUUUGAUUCACAUUACGAAGCUGAUCAAAGUAUCUGCUACCAAACAGCUUACGUCAUUCCAGAGAAUGGAGACUUGAAAAAAGUGCAUAUUGGAGAAUCUGUGAUGAAUUGUUGCCCUCUUUUGUGCUCUUACGUUCCAAGUCUAGUGCAAAUCCAACCAAUUACACGAGGCAAAAGGAAAUCAAAAAGAGAGAGUAGAUAA